CAUUACUUAACUUUGGAAUUUUUCAUGCAUUACUAUUCGCGUCAAUUAUUUUAAUUCGAUCAACGAGUGUGUACUCGUUAAAACUUUCAUCUUCUUGUUUAAGUAAAAUUAAGUGUUAAUUCUGGAAUCAUGAUUAUGAAACACGAAAUGGGUUAAAACGAUAAAUAUAUUUUCCACUUUAAGUUCAACGAAUCAUUAAAAUUUACAGAAAUCUAAAAAACUUGAAAAAUAUAUAUUCAACAAUAUAUUCAAUAGAACAUGUAAACUUAUAUAGAUAUUUCAUGAUUUUUAAUGGUCUAUAAUAUUAAGUCUGCAGGACAAAUUGCAACAAUGAAUGACGAAUUGGUAGAUCAUAUUCUAAACAUGUCUAAGUCGCUUGAGCCUUUCAAGAUAGUAAUGCCAGGGCCUAGUAUUAGGAAGCCAAUAAAACAAUGUCCAUUAGAUGAAGAAAUGAAUGACAAUCAUAAUGUAGAAUCAGAGAUGGAUUAUAUAAAGAAAUAUGUAAAAAAAGAGGAAGAGGAUUAUAUAAAGUUGAAAAGUACGUUUUUCAACAAUGAUAAUUAUAUGGACAACUUGUCAGAAAUAUCUGGAGAGGUAGUAAUAAACAAGGAAGAUACUGCUCGGAUUUAUCGCAUGUUCAACUUUGCCUAUCGACCUAAAAUUGAUUUACCUAUUCUUUCUAUAAAAAGUAAAAUUGUAUCUAUGAUUGCGAGCAAUUCUGUCGUUAUCAUUCGUGGUUCCACGGGUUGUGGGAAAACAACACAAGUGCCGCAGCUUAUUCUUGACGCUGAAUAUGAAAAGAGGCAACAUUGUAACAUUAUAGUAACGCAACCGAGACGUAUCGCUGCUUUGAGUAUUGCGAAACGAGUCAGCUAUGAAAGAGAUUGGCCUGUUGGCACCAUUGUGGGAUAUCAAAUGGGUUUAAUUAAAAGUUUAUGCCGCGAUACUCGCAUAACAUAUUGUACUACUGGUGUGCUCUUAAAUAAAUUGACAAACAAGAAACACAUGAUGGACUACACUCAUGUUAUACUGGAUGAGGUGCAUGAACGUGAUGAAGACAUGGAUUUCCUUCUGCUCAUAGUGAGAAAGUUAUUACGUACAACUUCAACUAUGGUUAAAGUUAUACUGAUGUCAGCAACGAUCGACGUGAAUAAAUUUGCUGCGUAUUUCUCGACGCCUGUGGAAAAUAGACUUUUACCAGCACCAGUCAUCGAUAUACCCAAAAGUAGUCCUUUCAAUGUUUCUAUAUAUUAUAUAGACGAGAUGGAGAAUUUAGGCAAUAUACCUCAAGUAUUUCCGAACGAACCGAGAUUCACUAUUGCUAUGGCAGAGUUUUCUGCGCGUGUUAUACAUAUCUUUGACCGUGUUGACCAAAGAGGUAACAGUACAAAUGAUGAAUACGAAAGGUCCACCGUGCUCGUGUUUUUACCUGGACUUAGCGAAAUUGAAGAGAUGCAUAAUGUACUUAUAUCAGAGACACAUGCAGAUGCUUAUUGGGAUAUAAUUAUUUUACACUCAUUAAUCUCAACCGAAGAUCAAGAAAAUAUAUUUAAACAGCCACCCAAAGGUUAUCGACGUAUUAUACUAUCAACGAACAUUGCUGAAAGUAGCAUCACUGUGCCAAAUAUUAAAUAUGUAAUUGAUUUUUGCUUAACGAAACUUCUUGUCACCGAGCCUGGAACUAAUUAUCAGUGUUUACAACUUUGUUGGGCAAGCAAAUCUAAUUGCCAGCAACGUGCUGGUCGUACAGGCCGUGUAAUGGAUGGUAGAGUAUACAGAAUGGUACCAAGAUCAUUUUAUGACACUGUAUUACGCGAAGAAGCUCUUCCGGAAAUGCUCAGAGCUCCGCUCGCAAAUGUAAUUCUUAAAACAAAAUUAUUGAACAUGGGUGAACCGAAAGCUCUCCUUGCUCUUUCUCUGGAUCCACCUAAUCUUAGUAAUAUACGAAAUACUGUACUGUUAUUGAAGGAAGUUGGCGCGUUACUCAAUAGAGGUACACAAGAAUUUGAUGGAGACUUGACACCUUUAGGUCAUGUAAUGGCCUCUCUUCCAUUAGACGUACAUGUCACGAAGCUGAUUGUUUUGGGUCAUCUUUUUGACGUUCUUCAGGACGCGAUCAUUAUCGCAGCUAGUAUGUCCGUCAAGGAUUUGUUCAAUAUUAAAUUUCGCGAUUUCGAAACGACUUAUCAUGAGAAAGUACAUUGGUCCGGUAACUCUGGUAGCGAUAGCAUAGCGUGCUUAAAUGCCUUCAAAGUGUGGCGAAACGACAAGGUGCAUCGUCGUAUAACUAACCCUGCUGACGAAAAAGAAUGGGCGCGACGGAAGAGCCUCCGUGUAAGAUCACUGCGCGAAGUCGACGCCUUCGUAACCGAGAUAACAUAUAAGCUGAACUUUUUUGGCAUAAAGGAAAUGAUGGAUCUCGGGAAGAUUUCUUGGGAAAGUCUCGAAAUCGAUCGCACCUUUGUACUUAAAUUUAUAAUUGCCGGUGCAUUUUAUCCCAAUUAUUUUGUCAAAUUCCCGUACAAUGUACAUGAUCACAAACGGGACAUCGAAAAGACGCUGGCCUUCCGCGAUCCGAUGAAUACCGUCUUCCUACGAGGUUGGCCAUCGACGCAACUCGGAUCACUGUACUCUAAGAGAUUCCAAGAGAUCUUCGGAGAAAUGUUCAAAAAUCCUAAAGAACAGGAGAACAUAACUGUAUCCUUUGACGGAUCGAAUCGUGUUUAUAUCGAAUAUGAGCAGGAUCGCACACCGACUGACCUUACUUUCGUUCGAAAUUGCAUCAAGAAGAGGCAUUGUCGGAUCCCGAUUGUCAUAGAUCUGCUAAGCGAGACGGACGCUGCGCAUAGAGCCGAAGACUUCGGGCUUGCAAAGGAAUUCGGAGAAUUGUUUCAGCCUUCCAAUCCGGAAGAACGGCCGUGCAGGCGGUAUAUGUAUGACAAAAAGCCAUAUCCGAAAUUACCGAAGUACUCAGAAUAUCGAUCGAGAGUCAUGUUGCAAGGCCCCUUUUCACCAAUAGAAGUUACAUUAACACAUAUGGUAAUCAUGGGAAUGUCGAAAACGGUGACAGUGGAAACUACCUCAGUGAAUUCCGUUCUACUCGAUACUUGUCCGGAGAGCCCGAGAGGAAUUCUUCUGGUGGCGCAAGAAAUCGUUCGAAACUCCAAAAAUGAGACGCAUCUAGUACUACGAAACACGACUCUUUUACCCAAUACACCUGGUCUUGCAUCGCUAAUUAAUUUAAUUUUUACACCAUACAUGGAACUACGACGUAGUCCUCUGGGCACUUAUUAUACAGGCGCUCUAUGCGGACUAGGAUACGAUCGUACUACUGGAAGGAGCUUAUAUUCACAGCAUGAUCUGCAAGUUAUAUUUGACGUUGAGAUCAAGAUGAGCGAUUUACGAAUGAUUAACAAGUUACGUCACUGGAUGAAUGUUUCGAUGCACUUUAACGAGAGAUCUGCAAUCGUAGACGAUGAUGCUCAUUAUGAGAUGACCAUAAAUUGUCAGAAUCAAAUUAAAAAGACGUUCAAGGAGGUGAUAUUUGAGACUCGUAAAAAGAUAGAGCCUAUUUUAAUCCCUAAAUUUGACGAAUGGAAUCGAUAUGAUGAAACUCAAUUUCUUGUGCCUGCUCGGGAAACGUCGAGGAAAAGUAAUGUAUAUAGUUUGCAUAAAGCAUUGGAAUUGAACCAAAGAAAUGACCAACUUGAAGAAUUGCUUAAGCAUCUGUUGGAAUUAGAGGCUUUAGCUCACCAAGAUCCGCGUGAGACGAGUAUCGAGCCUGUUUACUGCAAACUAUGUCAAAUAGAAGUAAAGGGUAUUAUCAAUCUUCGUGCACAUUUAUGUUCAAAACAACAUACAACAAAACAACAAAAGAUAGAUACGUCUACUGAAUUUGGAGAGAAUCUACAAAAUAUUAUGGAAAAAAUGAUGCUAAUACAAUAAGUAAAUCUAAAUUUACAUUUAAUCAUUUUUUUAUUUUGUAACUAAAAGUUGAAUUUUUUUACUGCAUAUCAUGAACAGUAUUAUACGUACAAAAGUAAGAUUUAUUUAGAUAAUAAAUAUGUUUAUUUUAUAGACAAAUAAGUAUGUUAUUAUCUGUGAGAGUUUUAUACUAAAGUAAUAAUAAAAUACUUAUUUUUUCAUAUGA